AAACAGAAACCAUAGGCGAGGAGGGAAAAAGAAAAAAGGACAAAAACAGAGACAGCAAAACACGGGGUCCUGCACCCACAGAUAGAUAGCUAGCUGUAACAGUUAGCGUAUGGUAAGGUAAAGCAACCAAUCAAAACCACCCUGUUCCUGUCUCUAUCUCUGUCUCUGUCUCUCGAGUUGAAGCUUGCAUCAUAAAUAGGCUCUUCUUCCCUCCCAAUUCCCAUGCCCCAUUGCCCUUCAUCUUCAAUUCAAUUCAAUACAAGGAACUCUGCAACUCUCCUCACACAUAUCAUUCAUUCAUUCAGCAAUGGAGGCAAUCAAGUUGAAGCUCCUCCUCGUAAUGCUGCUGGUGGCCUUUGCUGCCACCACUGCCCAACCUGCUGCACCGUCUGAGGCUCCUGCUCCUGCCUCUGAUGCUCCUCUCUUUUACCCCACCUUCUUUGCUUCUCUUUCUGCUCUUGUUUUUGCCUUCUUCCUUUAAACUUUAAAGUUCAAUCCGCAUUGCUUCUGUCGCUCUCAUCAUCAUUAUGCCUUUUCCUUGCUUCUGAUUGUAUAUCUUCAGCCAUUUCAUAAUUUCUUCUAAUGAAGCUAUAUUCUUUCUUAUAAA